AUGUCGAAACUCUUCGCACCAUUGAAGCUUGGGAGCCUUCAACUCGAGAACCGGCUAGCGCUGGCUCCAUUGACGCGAUACCGCGCAGACGACCAAUGGACACCCACGCCGAUGAUGAAGGAGUACUAUGAGCAGAGGGCUUGCGUCCCCGGCACACUGCUCAUAUCCGAGGGAACUCUGAUAUCCCGCCGCACCGCCGGAAGGUGGAACGUGCCGGGAAUCUGGACCGAGGAGCACAUCGCCGGCUGGAGAGAAGUCACAGACGCGGUCCACGCCAAGGGCUCGUUCAUUUAUUGCCAGCUCUGGCAUCUUGGCCGUGGCGGCAGGAUCGACGUCUGCCAGCAACUGGGCCUGAAUCUGGAAUCAUCGAGCGCCGUCCCCAUCACUCAGGACGGACCAACGCCAGUGGAGUUGAGUGAGGAGGACAUUGCCCAGACCAUCCUAGACUAUGCGCAAGCCGCCCGCAACGCGGUCGAGGCUGGGUUCGACGGCGUCGAGAUUCACGGUGCCAACGGCUAUCUUCCGGACCAGUUUCUCCAGGACACCUGCAACAAACGGACCGACGCUUGGGGUGGCAGCAUCGAGAAGAGGGCGCGAUUUCAUCUGGAGGUGACGAAGGCCGUCAUCAAUGCCGUGGGUGCUGAUAAGACGGCUGUCCGAUUGAGUCCGUACAGCGACUUCCAGGGCAUGCUUAUGGACGAUCCGGAUCCGACGUUCAGGUACUUGACUGAGCAACUGAAGCCUCUGGGCCUGGCAUACCUGCAUCUGAUCGAGGCGCGAAUCAGCGGUAAUGACGAUACCGACACGGGUGGGCAGCGGACGGUGAAGUGGCUUGUCGAGUUGUGGGACAAUGCGAGUCCCGUCUUGCUGGCCGGCGGGUUGAAUGCGGAGGCAGCGAAAAAGGCCGCCGAAGAGACGUAUGCUAAGUACGACAUCGCCGUCGUCUUUGGCCGUUUCUUCAUCUCGAAUCCGGAUCUCGUGUUCCGUAUCAGAGAGGGCAUCGACCUGGAAAAGUAUGAGCGGACGUACUUCUACACGCCGAAACUUCCGACCGGGUACAUCGACUACCCCUUCUCCCACCAGUUUCAGGAACGAUUGAAGGCAUGA